CGCCCCCGCAGCCAGCCCUGGGGGGCGGGGAAGGGCGGGGGCCCCGCUGGCUACGCCCCGGGUCGAGGAAGGAGGCGGUGCUCUGGGGUCCCGAGCAGCCGGGGCGGUGCAGCCCGUCCCGUCCGGCCGUCGGGGCCCUCCCCCUGCCAUCCAGCUCCACGUCCUGCUAGCGCCAGGUCCCGGCUCGGGCUCGGGCUCUGGAGCAGAGCGGGGCGGGGCGGGGCGGAGCAGCGCCCGGAGAGCCGCUGCAGCACAUGGACCAGCCUCGGGGCCGGGGGCCGGGGGCCGGGGCCGGGCCCGGGACGCCCCUGCGCCUCCCCAAGCCCAGUACGUGGACCCUGUGGCGCGCCAAGGGGCCGCCGAGGAACCCGGCGCGCUGGAAACCAGAAAUUGAGGCUAAGAAGGCUUGUGACUGGCUGCGUGCAGCGGGUUUUCCCCAGUAUGCCCAGCUCUAUGAAGAUUCCCUUUUCCCCCUGGAUAUCACCUCUGUGAAGAAGGACCAUGGCUUUCUGGACCAGGAUUCCCUGCGUGCCCUCUGCCGGAGACUGAUGACCCUGAACGCCUGCGCCUCGAUGAAACUGGAGGUUCGCAGUCAGCACAAACCGAAUGAAGACCCGGAGGAGGAAGACUUGUGUGCCAUCAGCAACAACUGGGCCUUUCAACGGGAGAGUCGGCGGUGGUCCCGCCUGGGCUCCCCAGACCUGGGGGUCUCCCCUGGAGCAGGCCUGUGGGCGGCUUCCAGCCACGAGAGCAUACUCACCAACAUCAGUGCCACAUCCCAGACCAGCCAGGCUGGGAACAUGGCUCGGGACACACUGGCUAUCAUGGUGUCUCCCCCACCAGAGCCCCCAGACCAGGCUGUGGCCCAGCUUGAGUUGCCCACUUGGGCCCCCAGCCCCAGCUCCUUCCUUGGUCUGCCCCAAGACAUGGAUGGCCCCCCAGAUAAGCCCAGGAAGCGCCGUACCCGAAGCUUUCUCCGGCACCUUGACUCUCUUCGGAGGAGGGAGAAGCCGGGAAGCCCUGAGGCCAGGCCAGCCUUGGGGGAGCCGAGUACUCCCGCCAAGGCCGCUGCCCCUGAGAAGCUUGGGAAGGCUUUCUCUUUCCACAGCCGCCGAAGCUUCCUCUCGGCUGGCUUCUAUUCCUCCAAGAUCCAGGAUCCAGACGCAGAGGCUGAGGGGGCUAGGGCUCAGGGCUCAGGGCCCCCACAAGAGUCAAGAUGGCAGCAACGGCAGCAGGGUCGCUGGCAGGCCUGCUUGGUGCAUGUGCCAGGUGACCACAAGCCAGGCACCUUCCCCCGGUCUCUGUCCAUUGAGAGCCUGUGCCCCAAAGAGGGGCACCGCCUAGUGGACUGGCAGAAGCCGGGGAGCUGGGGUCCAGAGAAACGGCGGGGCUCCUGCAGCUCGAUGGACAGCCGCCUCAGUGUCUAUGACAACAUGCCCGAGCUGAUGGGCAAUGGGGAGGAGCCGAGAGACUCUGAGCCGGAGGCCAACUGUGCCCAACUUGAUGACAUCCUACAGGACAUGUGGGGCCUACAGAAACACGUGGAGCUCUGGUCCCAGGCUGUGUGCCCAGACAUGGGACAGCCUAGACAGGAAGAGGAGGACGAAGAAGAAGAAGAGGAGGAGGACACAGAUUCAGUUGGAGAGCAGGCCUUCCCCUUUGGCCUGCACCUGGAGGAGGAGCACUCCAUGUCUGACAUGGGUACUUCUGCCAGUGACUUCGACAGUACUGGAAACUCCCUGAAUGAAACUGAAGAAACUGAAAUACGAGAACGCCGGGACUCGGGUGUGGGAGCCUCACUAACUAGGCCCUGCAGGAAACUCCGCUGGCACAGCUUCCAGAACUCCCACCGGCCCAGCCUCAACUCGGCCUCCCUCGAGCUCAACCGCCAGUCUGUGGCUCAGCUCAACCUCCUUCACAAGGGUUCCCUUCUACGGCUCACAGCCUUAAUGGAGAAAUACUCUGUGCCCCACAAGCAGACCUGGGCCUGGUCAGUCCCUAAGUUCAUGAAAAGGAGCAAAACUCCCAGCUACCAGGGCAAAAGCGUCUUUGGAGUGCCCCUCCUGGUCCACAUGCAGAGGACAGGCCAGCCUCUGCCUCAGAGCAUCCAGCAGGCCAUGCGUUAUCUCCGUAGCCAGUGCCUGGACCAGGUGGGCAUUUUCCGCAAGUCUGGGGUGAAGUCUCGGAUCCAGACCCUGAGGCAGAUGAACGAGGCCUCCCCAGAGCACGUUGUCUAUGAAGGCCAGUCGGCCUAUGAUGUGGCUGACCUGCUGAAGCAGUACUUCAGGGACCUACCAGAACCCAUCUUUACCAGCAAGCUGACCGCCACUUUCUUGCGCCUCUACCAGUCAGUUGUCCCAAAGGACCAGCAGCUGUUGGCCGCUCAGGCGGCUGUGGUUCUGCUGCCUGAUGAGAACCGGGAGGUGCUCCAGACCCUGCUUUACUUCCUGAGCGACAUUGCUGCUGCCCAAGAAAACCAAAUGACUGCUGGCAACCUGGCCGUCUGCCUGGCGCCCUCCAUCUUUCACCUCAACGUCUCAAAGGAUAGCACUUCACCCAGAGUCAUUCCCAGACGUGGCCAGUCGGGCAAGCCAGCCCCAAGAGACCUGAGUGAAAACAUGGCUGCCACCCAGGGCCUGUCCCACAUGAUCACUGACUGCAAGAAGCUCUUUCAGGUGCCCCAGGACAUGAUGCUGCAGCUCUGUAACUCCUACAUGGUAAACAAACCCAGCUUCCCUCUCCUGGCUCUUACUGAGCUUCGGGACAAGCCUGGGGACUACCUGGAGGAGAGCGUGCAGAGCUUACUACAGGAGGCUGCUGAGCGAUUCAAGGGCUGGCUGAACAUGCCUGGGCCGCAGCACACAGAGCUAGCCAGUAAGAAGGUCCGGGAUGGCCACCCCCUGCGCCUGUGGAAAGUGACAACAGAGGUGGCAGCCCCACCUGUGGCGGUCCUGCAUCGGGUGUUACGUGAAAGGGCCAUGUGGGAUGAAGACCUGCUGCGGGCUCACGUGCUGGAGUCCCUGGCCCCUGGUGUAGACGUCUACCACUAUGUCACAGACAGCAUGGCCCCGCAGCCCUCCCGAGACUUCGUGGUGCUCAGGAUGUGGCGCUCAGACCUACCCCGAGGGGGCUGCCUGCUUGUUUCUCAGUCUUUGGAGCCGGAGGAGCCAAUUCCAGAGUCUGGGGUCCGAGCCAUGCUGCUCACUUCUCAGUACCUCAUAGAACCCUAUGGCCCAGGGCACUCUCGGCUAAUCCACAUUUGCAGGGCCGACCUCCGGGGCCAUUCUCCUGACUGGUAUAACAAGGUGUUUGGGCACCUGUGUGCCAUGGAGGUGGCAAGGAUCCGAGACUCCUUCGCCACCAUGCGGCCCAUCCCUGAGACGAAGCUGUGAACAGGUGGGGCCAGGCAGGGCCCAGGGAUGCUCUCAUUUGGGUCUUCCCAGCAUAGCUAGCUGAAGAGAGCAAACAAAUGUGGGCCCUGACCUUGGCCUGCCAAGGGCCUCACCACCCAGUGUGGUCUAUGUGUGACUUGCCCCCCCCCUUUCCUUUACCCCAUCCCCCGCCCCUGACUGCCUCAUCUUGAGGUAUAUAGAAUGGAUGGGCUGGAGCAGCCGUGACAACUGCAGAGUGCUGGGAUUCAGCCUUCACCCUAUUUACCAACCAGAAAGUGCCAAGCACCCAGUGGAGGAGCCUGCCCUGAGAAAGGAAGAGAGGGAGAGGCAGAGAGAGAGAGAGAGAGAGAGAGAGAGAGAGAGAGAGAGAGAGAGAGAG